AUGUCAUUAAGAGCAGCUAAAUCAACUAGAGAGAUUUUAAACUUAUUAUCAAAUGGUUCAGGAGCCGCAAAACUACCUUCGAAUAUCUCUAAAAUACAGUUAACAUUGGCCUUCAAAGGCAAGAAUGAAAGUGCUGGCGCAAGACAUUUUCUGAAAGAGAAUUUACCACGCAUUCAGUAUAAUAACCCAACAGUGAAAUACGAGGUAUUCAAAAAAGCAGAUCCUACAACCAAACCAACAAUUUCCAUACACUUCACGAAUGGAGGGUCAAAAACUAUUGAAAUACCCCGUGUUUAUUCGGAAACUAUUGUUGAUCAAGUAUUUAACGCUACGCCGUAA